CACGAGCCCACGACUCCAGAGAAUGCCCAUAAGAAAGCUGGGCUGGGUCACAUAAGAAACCCACUGGCCAAGCCCAAUACUAACGCUCAAAACCCUAGCAGCCGACGCCAUCGUUAGGGUUUCCUUCUCUUAUAUACUGCGCAAUCCCCUCUCCCAUUUUUCACUUGGCUGUGGGCGGAGCAUUAUCAUCAUCAGCAGCACAGCAGCAGCAGCAGCAGCAGCCAUGGUGAAGUAUUCGAGGGAGCCAGACAACCCCACGAAGUCCUGCAAAGCAAGGGGUUCCGAUCUUCGAGUUCAUUUUAAGAAUACACGGGAGACUGCCCAUGCAAUUAGAAAGUUGCCUUUGGGCAAGGCUAAAAGGUAUUUGGAGGAUGUCUUGGCCCACAAGCAAGCCAUUCCAUUCCGACGGUUUUGUGGUGGUGUUGGGCGAACUGCUCAGGCAAAAAACCGCCAUUCGAAUGGUCAAGGACGCUGGCCUGUUAAAUCUGCAAAGUUUAUUCUUGAUUUACUCAAGAAUGCUGAGAGUAAUGCAGAUGUGAAAGGUUUGGAUGUGGAUUCCCUUCAUGUAUCUCACAUCCAGGUAAACCAAGCCCAGAAGCAGAGGCGUCGCACAUACCGUGCCCAUGGAAGAAUCAACCCCUACAUGUCAUCUCCGUGCCACAUUGAGUUGAUUUUGUCUGAGAAGGAAGAACCUGUCAAGAAGGAGCCUGAGACCCAGCUGGCGCCUAGAAAAGGAAAGAAGUCUCAAGCGCUAAGGAGUGGCGCAUCUUCCUGAAACUGCAAGGUUUAGAAUUACUAAGAUGUUGCGCCGCAUGUGCUGUUUACUAUGUGAACAUUUUUGUUUUGCUUUUUUGACAUGGUUUUUCAUUUCAUCAGAUGUUUAAUUUCAAAGUUGAUGGAAUCAUUUAUAAAGUAUUUUAUUUUUGGAUUUU